UCUCUUCGGCUAAUCGGCCUUUUGGUAGUCGUGGGAUCGUUUGUGUGAGUUCGGCGUUGACUGUAGCUCGGUUUUUAGUCAUUGUCGAUCUGCACGUUUUUAGGGAAAUUCUUACGUAUUGGAUUUGGUGGAGGUAGAAUAUCCGUUCGCGUUCCUCCGUUGGCAGAAGAGCAUACGAAAAUAGCAACGUUUUGAUUUGACGAAAGUUUCGUUGAGCAUGGCAGACGGAGAGGGUUUCGUAGUGCGUGUGAGGGGUUUGCCUUGGUCCUGCUCAGCAGACGAAGUGCAGAGAUUCUUCUCAGAAUGCAAAAUUGCGAACAACGGCACAAGCAUACAUUUCACAUACACAAGGGAAGGACGACCAAGUGGAGAGGCGUUUGUGGAGUUUGAAACUGAAGAAGAUCUAAAAAUUGCCGUCAAGAAGGAUCGGGAAACUAUGGGACAUCGCUACGUCGAAGUGUUCAAAUCCAACAGUGUUGAGAUGGACUGGGUCUUGAAGCACACUGGCCCAAACUGCCCAGACACAGCAGGUGAUGGCCUGGUUAGGCUUCGGGGUCUGCCUUUUGGCUGCAGUAAGGAAGAGAUUGUCCAAUUUUUUGCAGGGUUGGAAAUCGUGCCAAAUGGGAUAACAUUGCCGGUGGACUUCCAGGGGAGGAGUACGGGGGAGGCCUUCGUGCAGUUUGCUUCACAGGAUAUAGCUGAAAAGGCUCUAAAGAAACACAAGGAAAGAAUAGGGCACAGGUACAUAGAGAUUUUCAAGAGCAGCCGUGCAGAGGUGCGUACCCACUACGAGCCCCAGCGUAAGGUGAUGGGCAUGCAGAGACCAGGGCCUUACGACCGCCCUGGCGCCGGGCGCGGCUAUAACAGCAUGGGCCGUGGGGUCUCGUUUGAGCGAGUGCGUCGUGGGGGAUAUGGAGGAGACGGUCGUUACGGGGAUGGAGGUUCCUCUUUUCAGAGCACAACAGGGCAUUGCGUGCAUAUGAGAGGACUUCCCUACAGAGCAACAGAGACGGACAUAUACAAUUUCUUUUCUCCCCUGAACCCGGUGCGUGUGCACAUGGAGAUCGGGCCUGAUGGGCGAGUGACGGGCGAGGCCGACGUCGAGUUCGCCACACACGAAGACGCAGUGGCUGCCAUGUCAAAGGACAAAGCCAACAUGCAGCAUCGCUACGUGGAGCUGUUCCUGAACUCAACAGCAGGAGGCGGAAGCGGUGGAUAUGGAGGAAACCAGUCAUCCUAUGGGCAUGGCAGUCAGCAGAUGAGUUCCGGGUACAGUGGUGGCUAUAGCAACCAGAGCAGCAUGGGGGGGUACAGUGAUUACAGUAAUCAGGGCGGAAUGGGGACCAGUUACUAUGGCGGAGGUAGCCGCGGCUCCAUGGGGGUGAACGGUCUCAACAGCAGCAUGAGUGGUGGCUGGGGCAUGUAGCCACCACUAGUGCCUGGUUCCUCUCAGCCUGGAGUGAAUGACCAGUGACCAGCACUUAGCAUUCUCCUGUUUGUUUUAAAACCUUUUUUUUUUGGGGGGGGGGGGUUGUUAUUGAAUUCAUUUGCUUUAGAGCUGGUUUAGUGAGACCUCCUUUUUUUUUUUUUUUUUUAUAUUCUUCUCAUGUGUCUUUUUAUCUUAUGUGGAUGAUAUCACUGAGAGGGAGCCAAAUACUUUUGGAUAAUUACUUUUUGUUUGGUUUUUUUGUGUGUAAUAAAAGUGAAGCCAAUUGCUGGACAUGCUACAUAAGUUACUGUGGAAGAGUGGAGCGGUGCCCAGAAACAAUAGUUGUUUUUUUUGUUUGUUUGUUUUUUUUAAAUCUAUAUAUGUAUGCAAAAGUGACCAUGUUUCUCUACCUAAUUUCAAAAUGGGAUCUUUGGGGUGAAAAGUGUUAUGUUUUACAGUGGAAAGCUGAUCUGUACUGCUGCAAAGCAUGUUUGCAGGAGCACAGAGUGGGCUACAGCUGUAGUGUUAGAUGCAUGUGCUAAUUAUGUUUGAGAGCUCGCUCUUCUCCCUCCAGUGUACUGAAUUUGUAUUUUUUGUAGUGUGGUGCACAGAAUGGAUUCAUGUCAGAGUUUUCUCUUUUUUUCACAGAUGGACUGCUAUUUUGCUGGGGCAGUGUUUAUUAAAAUCUACAUAAUUCUAUAAAAACUGUGGAGACAUUUUAAACAUGACUGCAACUUUCUAAACAGUGCAGAUGGAGAAAACAGAACUGCACAGACAAGAAAUCGUUGUACAUUCUAAAAUAGCAUUUUGUAUUUAAAUAGUUUGUUUAAAAAGUUAGUUCAAUGUUUAAAAAGGUUGUUGAUUAGUAUUAGUGAAUUAACAUGGUGGAACAGUGAAAAAUUACAAUCAUCAUCUCCCUACCCUGUGUGUUCCUCUUAUCAAUUUUACCAAUUAAUAUGUCUGUUUUUGUACCCCAAGGACAAAUUAAAUAUUAAUUCUUUUGUUUAAA